AUGAAGCUUAAUGGUGAUUUACAGGAUAUGUUUCCAUUGAUGUUAAUUCUUGGUUUGGUUGCUAGUACCAUUGCUUGGCCGAUCGACAAUUUCGAUGUCUUUGAUUACGGAGCUACUGGUUUUGGAGAAGUUGAUGAUUCUCAAGCAUUUGUGAAUGCAUGGAGAGAUGCAUGUAAUGCAGAAACAGAAGGUGAAGCAGGUGUGAUUGUUCCUGAAGUGGGGACUUUCUUGUUGAAUCCCAUCAUGUUUUAUGGACCAUGCAACCCUCAAAUCAUUCAUUUCAUGAUUUUAGGUACAAUUAUCGCUCCUAGUUCACCUACAUCAUGGGACGGUCUCGAUUCAAGCCAAUGGAUAGCAUUUAAAGACGUUACAGGUCUUAACGUGUAUGGAUCGGGCCUUAUAAACGGGCAGGGCAUGCUUUGGUGGGACCAAUCAUGUCGAUAUCAUCCAAACAAGGUACUCAAUUUCUUAUCAUGCAAUGAAGGCACAUUGAGCAACAUUCACAUUGUCAAUAGCCCACAAACUCAUGUGCUAAUAAUUGAUUCCAAAGGGUUUAAUGUGGAUAAUGUGAUGAUCCAAUCUCCCCAAAAUACCCCCAAUACUGAUGGUAUUCACAUCCACUCUUCUCACUUUGUCAAAAUCACCAACUCCAUAAUCGGCUCAGGUGAUGACUGCAUUUCAAUAGGAGACUUUACAUCCAACAUUGAUAUAGCCAAUAUAAAAUGUGGACCUGGGCAUGGUAUAAGCAUUGGGAGCUUAGGGAAGGAUGGAGAAAUGGUGCAAGUCGAGAACAUACACAUAAGUGAUUCGUCGUUCAAACAAACCACAAAUGGAGCUCGAAUCAAGACUUGGCAGGUCGGACAAGGGAACGUUCGACAUGUUAUUUUCGAGAAUCUCGUAUUUGAUGAUGUUGAGAACCCGAUAAUUAUCGACCAAUACUACUGUGCUGUUCGUGGCAUGUGCAAAGAAGAGAAAACUGGCGUCAAAAUAAGCGAUGUGGUUUACAAGAAUCUUUACGGAACAUCUUCUAGCAAGAUUGCUAUCAAUUUAAACUGUAGCAGAUACGUACCUUGCUCUGGGAUUUCAAUGAAAAAUAUAAACUUGGUGUCGACUCAGCCUGGGAACCCAGUGACAUCUAGCUGCACAAAUGCCGUUGGAACGGAAGUUGGAGUGAAUCCAGCCUGUCUCAGGAACUAG